ACUGAAACCAGAAUCAGCGUUACAUAUCUCUUUCACUCACGCACCAGAAAAACCAGUUCUCAACCAUGUUCCGAUCACAGCGUUAAACUGAAACAUUUCACGGGAUUCCUUGGCCAGAAGGUCAGUUCAUGAAGAAGGGAGUUACGUGGAGUUGCCCUGAGGAUCCUGUGUGAGCCCUGACCACAUCAUGGAGGACAGUGCAGAUCCAAUGAGAGAACAGGAAGAUAAUGCGAGCAACAACAAUGUUCAUCACAGCUGCACAGACCAAACCUACCUGAAUGAGAAGAUAGUAAUCCCUGAAACAGGAAGGGCAGGUUUCAGCUUCAGGAAGCUAUGGAUGUUCACAGGACCUGGCUUCCUAAUGAGUAUUGCUUUCUUGGACCCAGGAAACAUUGAGUCUGACCUUCAGUCUGGGGCAGCAGCAAAAUUUAAGCUGCUGUGGGUCCUUCUCUUAUCCACGUUCCUUGGUUUGCUCCUGCAGAGACUUGCAGCCCGUCUUGGAGUGGUAACUGGGCUGCACCUCGCUGAGGUCUGUCACAUCUACUACCCAAAGUAUCCACGUUGCAUACUGUGGGCAAUGAUUGAAAUCGCCAUCAUUGGGUCUGACAUGCAGGAGGUCAUUGGUACUGCAAUUGCCAUCAAUCUACUGUCCAGUCAAAGGAUUCCUGUUUGGGGAGGAGUCAUUAUAACUAUUGUAGACACCAUUGGGUUCCUGUUCCUUGACAAAUACGGUCUCAGGAAGUUGGAAGCUUUUUUUGCUCUCCUGAUUGCGAUCAUGGCAAUAACAUUUGGAUAUGAGUACGUAGUGGUAAAACCCAAUCAGGGUCAAAUAGUGAAGGGUCUAUUCUAUCCAUACUGUGCUGGAUGUGGCAGAGCAGAACUACUUCAGGCUGUGGGCAUCGUUGGAGCAAUCAUUAUGCCCCAUAAUAUCUACCUCCACUCAGCCCUCGUCAAGAGUAGACAAGUAGACCGGAGCAAACCAUCAGAGGUGAAGGAGGCAAAUAUGUAUUACCUGAUCGAGUGCUCUGUGGCCCUGUUUGUGUCACUGCUCAUCAAUAUAUUUGUUAUCGCUGUGUUUGGAGCUGCCUUUUACCAGAAGAGCAAUAUGGAUGUGUAUGAUGUCUGCGCUAAGAGUGGAAGCCCCUACCUUCAUGUGCUGCCAAAGGACAAUAACACCUUGGAGGUGGAUAUCUUCAAAGGGGGCGUUGUCCUUGGGUGUUAUUUUGGAUCACCUGCACUCUAUAUCUGGGCCGUUGGGAUUCUAGCUGCAGGUCAAAGUUCAACAAUGACGGGGACCUACUCCGGCCAGUUUGUGAUGGAGGGCUUUCUCAACCUGUCUUGGACACGAUUUAAGCGAGUGACUCUAACACGAUCACUGGCGAUCGUUCCGACAUUGCUAGUAGCAGUGUUUCAGGACAUGUCCAGCCUGUCGAACAUGAAUGAUAUUCUCAACGUCUUGCAGAGUAUUCUGCUCCCGUUUGCUCUCAUCCCAAUCCUGACCUUCACUAGCCUCAGGCCACUAAUGCACCAGUUCACCAAUGGAGUGAUUUGUAAAAUUGUUGGUGUAUUAAUCACUCUUCUGAUCCUGACUAUCAAUGCUUACUUUGUGGUGGAUUAUGUUGAGCAGUUGGAAAGAGUUUGGAUGUAUGUUAUCAUUGGGGUGAUCCUGCUAUUCUAUCUCUUCUUUGUGUUUUAUCUGUUGUGGUUAAGCUGUGUUGUUGCUGGAGUAACCUGCCUGAAUACUGGGCAAGAGAGACGGUUCACCUACGAGAUACUUCAGAACUGAACCUCACAACAGCUUCGUGACUUGGCCCUGGGAGUCAAUGUUGCCAGAUCGAAACACAAUCGUCAAAACCUCUAGGACCCGGAUUGUCUCACUCUCACAGGAACAUCAUUCCUGACACUCUCCUUUCACAUUACACCCAAUGUCCAUGCAAGUUAAACUGUCCUUCCAUGGCCAGCUCUAUCUGAUGGGAAUAAGCUUCUCCUUCUCAGAUUAACUGCAAUUCACCCUCUGUCUCAGUCUCUUCAUUCCUGCCACCCCACCCCCUCCCCAGUACUGCAGUACAGGAGCUGUUUUGGCUCUCCGUCUCUCGCAGUCUGCAAACCUUCAGUCGAACAAGGAAUGACAGGUGUAAACACAGACCUGGGCACCAACUGCCAACUCCUUCCUCAUGCUAAAUCCAGACAAGAAUCAUAGGACAGGGCAGGAAGAAAGCUCUGCAGGAGUGUGAUAAUGGUGAGGCAGGGAGAAUGCGAUAUGGCUGAGGCAGGGGCAGGGGCAGUGGGAUAUAGGUGAGGUAUGGAUGGUGAAGCAGAGAAGGCGGGACAUGGAUGAGGAAGGAGGGGGGACAGGGAGUGCAGGAUAUUGGGUAAAGUAGAGAGGGUGGAGCAAGAAGGGUGCAGUUUGAUGAAGCAGGGAGAGUGGCAGUGAUUGAGGAAGAGUUUGUGAUUUGGUGAUGAGUGAGUCAAAGCCUUUAAAUUUGGGAUCAAUGUAUUCAUGUUGAGAAGCAGCAUCUCGAGGUCGGGCACGUAUAUGGGGCUAAGGCACAGGCCAACUGACUUAUUUAAUCCAUUCAUAGAUAUGAGCAUCACUGGCUGGGCCAGCGUUUCUUACCCAUCUUUAACUGCCCUUUGAGAAGGUGGGGUGAGCUGCUGCCCCAAACCACUGCAGUCCACCUGCUGUGGGUUGACCCACAAUGUCCGUAGGGAGAGAAUUCCAGGAUUUUGACCAAUGAUCAAAUUGAUCAGGAUAGCAGGGCCAAAUGGCUGAAUGGCCUGCUCCUGCCCUAUCACUGAGCUGACUCUAAAUGAUGAACGACGCUUGUCAGCCCGUGAUCUGAUACCCAUCUUGUCCAUCAUUAAUUAUUAUUUGCUCUUUUUGUGCUUGAACAGAGCUUACUUCCCGCAGCUCAGGAUGAAACUUGUCUCAAACUCAGAACCAGCUGCUGGUAAAUGCAGGUGCACACAUUGUGCAGUUUCACCAAACACAACUUAUGGCUCUCAAACAGACAAACAACACUUGAACAACACACACAUCAAGCAGAAAUUUACAAACCAACAUUGUAGAGAAGCAGCACCAACCAAAUACAAAUCUCAACAUGUUUACAGAUUGUUACUCAAUUUGCAAUAUCAUUUUAAAAGUAAUAAAAUAUCUUGAGUCUCUCGUCA